ACGCUUUUAGAUGAAUGGGCGAAGCUCCGCCCACUGCGUGAACAUCCGCGAGGCACCUGCAAAGUCAUUCACAGGCGCGCACCGUUCAGCAGGACCGUACCAGCGUUCCCCAGAAUCUACAGCCAAGUUGGAGUUAAGAUGGGGCGCAAGGAGAUCUCCUGCAGCUGGAAGAAGAGCACCAGUAACAUCAAGGAUGUCUUCGACUUCGAAGGAAAAAUGGGCUCGGGCUCCUUCUCAGAGGUCUUCAUGGUGAGGGAGAAGAAAACGGGUCGUCUCUUUGCCCUGAAGUGUCUAAAGAAGAAGCACCUGGCUCACAGCAACCUGGAGAAUGAAAUCAACGUCCUGAGGAGGAUAAAGCACGAGAACGUGGUGGGGCUGGAGGACUUCUACGAGAGCCGCACACAUUACUACCUGGUCAUGCAGCUGGUCUCAGGCGGGGAGUUGUUUGAUCGCAUUUUGGAUAAGGGGGUGUACACGGAGAAAGACGCCAGCAGAGUGAUCAAACAGGUGCUGCAGGCUGUCAGCUACCUGCACCAGAACAGCAUCGUCCACAGGGACCUGAAGCCUGAGAACCUGCUGUACUUCAGCACGGACGAGAAUGCCAAGAUCAUGGUGAGCGACUUUGGUCUGUCCAAGACUCUGGAGCAUGGCGUCAUGUCUACGGCGUGUGGCACUCCAGGAUAUGUUGCUCCAGAGGUUUUGGCUCAGAAACCGUACAGCAAAGCGGUGGACUGCUGGUCCAUUGGAGUCAUCUCCUACAUCCUGCUCUGUGGAUAUCCUCCCUUCUUCGAAGAGAACGAGACUCGGCUAUUUUCAAAGAUCAUGAGGGCCGAGUAUGCCUUCCACUCCCCCUUCUGGGACAACAUCUCCGAGUCAGCCAAAGACUUUGUCAGGAACAUGAUGGAGAAGAACCCCAUGAAGCGCUUCACCACUGAGCAGGCCCUCAGACACCCAUGGAUCGCUGCAGACACGGCCAAGGACCUGGACAUCUACCCGUCCGUCUGCGAGCAGAUGGAGAGGAACUUUGCCAAAUCCAGGUGGAAGCAAGCCUUCAAUGCAGCCACAGCCAUCCACCACAUGAAGAGGCUGUCCCUAAGUGAGCCCUCCCCCUCCCCACUUUGCCUUCCUGGCGUCCCCACCGAGACCCCCACCCAGAACCAGCAGGAGCCUGACAUCCCCCACCCUGACAAAAAAGACCCCCUGGAUCCGAACGGGAACCCUGUCGUGUCUCGUCAUGCGACCCCAGAGGCCACCGAGCUCCACAGCUUCCAACCAGAGAACGACACCACCUUCAGGCCGGUGAAGAGUGUGGACGUGGUGGCUCAGAGGACGGAGCCCCCGCUGCAGUCUGGCGUCUGCGCGGUCAUGUGAUCGCCUUGGGGCCGCUCAUACAGUCUGUCCCACAGCGUGGCGUCCUCUUCCCCACAGGGGGGCGCUCCCAGGCCUGCACUCAGCCUCACGGCGUCUGCUGCUGCGCCCCCCACUGCCGCCGGCCCAGUUCGAGAGCUCAGUGAAGACUGACGUCGGGGUUCUUGACGGCUCCUUUCUUCCCACAGAGAUUGUUGAACUUGUUUACUUCUGCUGACCAUAGAUUAUAAUAUUUAUGCUGAUUUAUGGGGGACGUUUGAAGGUGUCAGUUUGGGCGACAGCUAAAACCUCACUGAUGUGUGUGCACGUGAGCGUGCACGUGUGUUAGAUUGUCUGAAUUCACAGUUUUGUGUUUAUCAUUUGCAUAAUCUGGAUUAAAAAAAAACAUAUUUUUGAUUUAAAAAAAAAUAUACGGGCAAAAAAAAAAUACACAGAUUUUAAAAUUCAAGGUUUACAGAUUUAUAGAUAAUCUAUAAACAUGUUAAGGAAUGACAGAAACUUGAAGCUUUUUCAUGCAUUUUCAGAUGAACUUAUUUCUAUUUAUUUUCACUGAAAUACUUUAUUUUUGCAUGUCACCUACUUCUCUUUACACUUUGCAAAACAUUUAAUUUAUUCUUGCAGUAUUUUAUUUGUGUCAAAUAUGCAGUUUUAUUAUUAUUUUUUGUUUCUUUAUUUGUCAGUUUAACUGAUUCCUUCAUUUUAGAAUCGAAAAUGAUUAAAACCAUAUAAAAACAUAAAUUGUGUAUCAUAAAAUGUACAAAAUAAUCAAAUUAAUGAUAAAAUAAUAAUUUGAUCUGUGAAGUUUGAUGUUGUGUAUUACCCCCAUGGAUAGUCUGUUGUUUCAGUCUUCACCUUCAAUAUUGAUGAUUUCUUUCGUGUUUGUAUAUAUUUGCAGACUGAAGUAUUGAUUUUUUUUUUUUUGGAGGUUUUGACACAUUUGUCAUAACUGACCUGAUGAAGUGCCACAAGCUGCUGUGAAGACAAAUCCGUGCUGUAGAAAUGUGCAUGUUUUGUACUGUUCUGUCAAUAAAGCUGCAGGAUCUGAA